CGGCCAGAAAAAGGAAAAAUACACACACUCCGAGCUGAAUAAACGCAGGAAAUCCGCUGUUUUCCAAAUUGUGGAGACCCUGCAGAGGAGCUGCUGUCUUUUCAGAGGGAAAGGUUGCAUGUUUUUUCCUCACACACAUCACACUGGUGUCCGCUGCAGUCAUUUUGGAAUAUAAGCGAACCUCGGGACUAUUGCUCGACAGUUGGCUCGAACCUCCGAAAUCACCAUCCUUCCCCAUGAGAAAAGAUGGGGAAUGGAUUAUCGGAACAACCCAGCUUCAUCUCAAACGUCCCGUUCUUCCAGUCGUUUCACAUUGCCAUCCUGGGACUAGACUCCGCUGGGAAGACCACCGUCUUGUACAGACUGCAGUUCAAUGAGUUCGUCAAUACCGUGCCCACCAAAGGUUUUAACUCGGAGAAGGUCAAAGUGUCACUGGGAGGCCACCGGACUGUGACGUUCCACUUCUGGGACGUCGGCGGUCAGGAGAAGCUCCGCCCUCUGUGGAAGUCCUACACGCGGUGCACAGAUGGCAUCAUAUUCGUGGUGGACUCUGUGGACGCUGAGCGCAUGGAAGAGGCCAAAACAGAGCUCCACAAAAUUGCCAAGACCUCUGAGAACCAGGGAGUGCCCCUGCUGGUGGUGGCCAACAAACAGGACUUGAGGCACUCGCUGGGACUGGAUGAAAUCGAGAAAUUGUUGGCUUUGAAAGAGCUGGGUCCUGGGACGCCCUGGCACCUGCAGCCGGCCUGCGCCAUCAUCGGAGACGGACUCAGGGAUGGCUUGGAUAAGCUCCACGAUAUGAUCCUGAAAAGGAGAAAGGUGCUUCGGCAGCAGAGGAAAAAGAGAUAAGCACGUCAAGAGACUGAUUUUCUGCUGUAAUAUGUGAAGGAAUUAUUAAAAUAACUUGCCCUGAGUGAAAUUUGAGGUUCCACUGCAGGUUUCCAUUCAGCACGCUGAGUUUUAUCAGUCAAAAUCUGAGGUUUGGGAUUCCCAGUCUUGUGUUUAUGCUGUUGAUCAGGAAGUGACACAUAAAGGAAUACAGGAUGAAGACGAGAAAGUUUCAGACAUGUGUGGAUAUGUUAUAAAGAGUUUCUAUGGAUUCAAGAGCGCUGAGGGUCUGGGGUCUGGAAGGGUGUAAGAAGUUUAAGGAUAACGUAUGAUUUUUUUCAAAGACUGUUCCAAAACAUUUUUACCAAAAAUAAUGACAGAAAAGACAAGCUGAAGGUUUGAAUGGUUGAACUGUGUUGUAUCCAACAGACAACUUCACUGUUUUAUAUGUUGUGACUUGAUUUAUUUUUUUUUUUUUUACACUGGACUUUUUCUGUGAAAGAAAAGUAUUAUCAUGCAUUAUCGCAUUACUAUUAAUUUGCUUGCUGUCCUAUCUUGCUCCUUUUCCAAAAGCACUUUAGAUUACCACUUCUUAUGAAGUUUACAGUUUUUAAAUAGAUCAUAUUGUGUUUUUGUUUUUUUUUUUGUUUUUUUUUCUGCAGAAAAGAUUGGACUAAAUACAGCAAAUGCUACUGUACAGUAGUUAGUCCACAUAGUCAUUUUGCAGGUUAUAUUUUAUGUUUUGCUAAAUAAAAUGUUUUGAGCAAUA